UGUUUCUUUUCAUGGUAUCAGAGUUGGAUCUCUUUGAUCCUAACUCUUGGACCUUUUAUUGUUUCUUGUAUCUUUCUAAAAAUGGCAGAAUCAAACGAUUCAAAUGCCAACUCUAUUCCACUCUCUGCACUCCUAUUUCAGUGAAGUUUAUAGAUGGUAACUUCCUAAUGUGGUAGUAGCAAAAAUGAUUCCAGAUCCGGCUGAAGGCAUGAUGCUAAUUCCUGCAUUCAUAGCUUGGCAAAGACAGGAUAGAAGAGUUGUAGGCUGGCUGUUAUCUUCACUCUCAGAGGGAGCACUAGUUCUUGUGGUUGGUCUCAGAUCUGCUAGAGACAUUUGAAGUGCCCUUGAAACCAACUUUGCCAGCAGAUCCACAACCAAGGUGAUGCAAUAUAGGCAACAGAUGCAAAAUCCCAAGAAAAACACUCUUUCAAUAAGUGAAUAUCUGAGCAAGAUGAGGUCUUAUUUUGACCUUCUUGGUUCAGUGGGAUGUAGAAUCUCUGAUGGUGAACAGGUGUUACACCUUUUGGGAGGUUUAGGGCAGGACUAUGAUCAUGCUGUCUAUGCAGUGACUUCCAGAACUGAGCCAUGGAGCAUUGCUGAUGUUAGCUCUUUUCUGUUGAGCUUUGAGUCAAGAAUGGAGUCUACUAGAGCUCAUGCUACUAGUGUUGAAGGUUCCCAACCUUCACUGAAUCUGCUCCAGCAACAACAAUCCCAGAAGAGGGACUUAAACUCCUACAAUCCCAGAUUUGACUCAAAUGGUGGCAGAGGUGGUUCAAGGAAUCAAAGGGGAGGCAGAGGUGGAAGAGGCUUUGGGAGAGGAAGCAACAAGAUUAUGUGUCAGCUUUGUGAAAAGCCAGGACACUCAGCAGCUAAGUGCUGGCAUCUUUUUGAGCAAAAUUAUACUCCUCCUCAAAUGCAGCAGAUCAGAGGAAACUCACAUCAGUAGCAAAGUUCAGCUCACAUUGUUCAGUCAGUGCCUAGAACUCCUACAGCCCCUCUUUCUGUUGGAAAUCAGUCUGAGUACCAGCUAUGAUCUUGGUGCAUCUUCAAGCUGGUAUCCGGAUUCUGGAGCCACACACCAUGUGGCAACCUCAACAUCAGUUCUGAGUAAGUGGAGGAUCUUUGCACCAAGGAAGUCGUUCUCAAGGGAACUCUUGAGCAAGGUCUUUACCAUUUCCUAGUUGACUAUUCCCCAAUCAAGAGAAGCCAUAGCUCCAGUCCUCUUUCCAAAUCAAGAUGUUCCAGCAGUCUAUUCAUUAAAUCUACCAAACUCCAGCUCUGCAAGUAGUUCUUCCAAUAGUCCUAGCCUUGAUAUUGUCUUGUGGCAUAAUAGAUGUUGUGAAACUUGCUUUAAAUAGCUGUAAUAUUCCUUUUGUUUCAAUAAAAAAAAUUCAUCACC